AUGCAAUGUUGCCGAUAUCUGCGGCCGGUGGCGGAAUAUCUAAGAGCUUUUACCUGCCCCGGAAUUCGCCAUUCGCUGAAAACUCAUCGGUCCGGAAUGUCCAGGCGGCUGACGAAACGCUACCUCACGGCGGCUGACCAGUACGAGUGCCCCCUGUCGGCGGACACGAUGGCCAUCGCGCUGGAACAGCUGCGGGAGACGGCUAGCGCACGCAGCCAAGCCCUGGACGCCCUCAGGAGCUGGAUGGAGCAGAACCCCAAACUUCUCGCCGUCAGAAUGGACGCAAACUUCCUCCUUCGGUUCCUGCGCACGAAGAAGUUCAGCGUGCCCAUGGCCCAGGAGGCAAUCGAGAGGUACAUGCUGCUUCGACAAUCCUGGGGCAUCGCUUUCAAUCAGCUAGACCACACCCUGCCCUCCAUGGCGGAGCUCAUCGAUCUGGGGUACAUUUUCGUGAGCCCGCAUAAAGAUAAGGCCGGUAGGCGAGUAGUCAUUUAUAGACCAGGAGUCUUCGAUCCCUACAAGUACACGAACCAGGACAUGUGUCGCGUGAUGGCGAUCUGUUACGAGACCCUAAUGGAGGACGAGGAGUCGCAGGUCAGGGGGCUGGUGCACUUCGCGGACGGCGGCGGCGUGGGAUUCCCCCACUUGACGCUCUUCACGCCGAAGGAGGCCGUCAGGAUUGUGAAGAACGGCGAGCGCACAAUCCCGAUGAGGCAUAAAGAGAUAUACGGCGUGAACGUGCAUCCGACGAUAAAAUUCGCACUGGACUUCGGCAUGGCGCUCAUCUCCGAGAAGAUCAGGAAGCGGGUGAAGCUGUACACGGCGGUGGAGGACGUAGAGAUCGACAAGAGUCUGCUCCCGCGGGAAUACGGCGGCGUGAUGCCCAUGAAGGAGAUGAUCGAUCUAUGGAAAGCAGAGCUGGCCAGCAAACGCGACACUUUGCUGCUGAACGACAAGAUGGCGGUGCGCCUGGAGCUGUACAGCGAGGCGGCGCGAGAGGGCGCUGUUUCGGCUUUGCGCGCGCGAAACGGGUGCGCGGACAGAGAUUCGGUGGGCGACGCGAUGAGGGGGCUCACGGGGAACUUUAGGAAACUGGAGGUGGAU